GCCUUCCACGACGUCAUCAUUAGGAAAUAGAACAUGAAGGAAAGCUUAAGAUUUCUAGCGUAUUCGGGCUUAAUAACAAGUGAAUAUAUCUUUAUUCCUUUAGCCGAAAACAGUGUACCUCCUCAGGUUUGAAAUGCCUCGUUACUGUGCUGUAAAGCUGUGUAAAAACCGUGGUGGUAUACCUUCGAAAGACAACAAGAAAAUUAGUUUUUACCCGUUUCCUUUACGAGACGAAGCACGACUGCAGAAAUGGGUUGAUAACAUGAAACGCGAGGAGUGGACCCCGAGUCGGCAUCAGUACCUGUGUAGCGAUCACUUCACGGAGGAUUCUUUCGAUCUACGAUGGGGGAUACGAUACUUAAAGCACACCGCUGUGCCUACCAUUUUCCCCUUCAUAUACGAAGGUGAAGAUACCCCCAUACAGGAUGAAGUUAGUAAGCUUCGCUGUAAGAAGAACUUGAAGCCAGCGCGCAGGAAGUCCGGCAUCGGCGUGAAGCCUGUUGGGACAUCGGCUCCACCCAAGAAGAGAGCUCUGGUUUUGAAAAGGAAUACGUGCGGACAGGACAAGGACGAUUCGGCGGAGAAGGAGCCGGAGCCUGCGGCUAAGGCAGCCGACCCUUCGUUUCCCACCCUCUUGCUCAUAAGGGACCUGGACCUGGAAACCGUGACCUCCCGUGAAGCUGCCAUCACCACGGAGACGGCCAAUCGGUCGCCGGGGGGUGAGAGGAUACUGGUGACCUCCUGUGUGGGAGCGCCGGGAGAGCUCCGCCGCGGGGCCGACGGGGGCCGGGCCGCGACCGCGCUGUGCGCCGAAACGGCCCCCCCGUCGGCUUCGCCCGAACCCGUGAGCGACAAGCCUCCCCCCGAGGCCGCGCCCAUGGACGGCGCCGGCCCAGGACCGCGGAGCGGGGACGAUUCGGACAGGCCGGUCACGGACGGCGAGCACGGCCUGCUGUACGAGCACUCGUACUCGCGGCAGAACACAGACAAGGACCAGCUCUGGAGCAAGAUCGCCGGGCUCCACCUGAAGAUCACCGAGCUGGAGAAGAGGGAGGAGGACACGGUCGCCAAAAUUGCCUCCCUGGAGGCCGUCAUCGCUCACCUGAAGAGAGAGAACGUCGUCUGCGCGGAGAAGCAGAAAGAGCUGGAGGACUACUUUACCACCGUCUUUCUCUAGGGGCUUAGCCUCUUGUGAAAAGUUUUUAUUUUGUACAGGUUUCGCAUUUCACCAUUUUGUAAUGUACUUACACAGACGUAUUGCACUUUGCACUGUUUGUUGCAGUGUAGGUGCAUUGUUCUGCAGGAGAACUGUAUUUCAAGGGGGCGUGUAUUUGCACCUUUCCUACAAAAUAACUGAGAAAAAAUUGGCUGUGCCAAUUCUGAAAUGUAUUGAUGAAAUCCAUUUCUGGGGCAUGACGGGGUUGCAAAAUGUUAGGAAUUUUGUGUCCUGGUUUGCAGAGAGGAAUGAUGCAGGUUUGAGAAUUUUCUAAUAAAAUAGUAAAAUCUU